GGGGCAGUGUGUGGGUAACGGGUGUCCCACACACACAUGGGGUCCCCCACACUGACCCAGUCUCUCCCACAGGGCUGGCUCACUGCCCUGGCCCUGCUGUGGACCCUGGUGCUGUGCCAUGGCCUGCGCCGUCCGGUGCCGCAUCCACACGGUCCAUGUUACAGCACCGGUGACCUGCACGAUGGUGAAGCCCCCACACCCCUGCUGGGCCGCAGCCUGCGCUGGGACCACUAUGUCCCAGUGCAACUGGUGCCGCAGCUCGAGCGCCUGCAGGACAGCCCCGGUCACCGGCGGCACCGGCGGCAUGGGGAGCACGGGUGCCCCACACUGCAGCUGCGCACGGGGCUGCACAGUGAGCACCAUGAGAGAUCCAUAUCCCCGUGGAGGUACCGCAUCAACGAGGACGAGGACCGGUACCCACGCAAGCUGGCGUUCGCCGAGUGCCUGUGCAGCGGUUGUGUGGAUGUCAAGACAGGCAGAGAGACAACAUCACUCAACUCGGUGCUCAUCCACCAGACCAUGAUGGUGCUGAGGCGCAAACCAUGUCCACGUCCCACCGGCCCCGGCCUCGUCACCUUCGAGGUGGACUACAUCAAGGUGCCUGUGGGGUGUACCUGUGUCCUGCCCCGCACCGGGCGCUGAGCAUCACCCCAAGCUCCCACGGAGCCCCAUAGUGUGACUGUGUCACCGCAUCCAUCCUGACCUGUGCUUGUUUUAGAGCACCCCUCACCCUGUUAUUUAUGCUAUUUAUGAGCCUUGUUGAUGGGGAUCUCCUUGUAACCUGUUAUUUAUUGAUGAUGCCCUCAUUGAAGCUGCAGAUCCUGGACUGGCAUCACCUGAUGGUACCCAUGGCCCUACAGCCGGACCCUGCGAGCGCUGCCUGGAGCCUCGCUGGUUAUUUAUUCCCCCCAUAGAAUCCCUAUUUAUUGUCUCCUUUAUGUGUGCUAUUUAAUACUGGCAGCCUGCAAAUAAAGGCCGA